UAGUUGGUGCAGUGUGACAGAGACACCUUCACCUGGUCGCAGGUCAGUCAGGUGUUCUGAGGUCAGCAUGAGUCAUUCCAGCAGCACAAGCUGCUCAUUGUCCUGCACAGGUGACUGUGGUGUCAGGUAACAUGUUUCCAUGGUAACAGUAGUCAGCUGUUUUCUUCUUCACUGAUUCAUUGAAGACAAACGUGAUCCUGAAAUGGCGCCAAACGCUUUCCGUGGAAUCGUGAGUGUGGAGCCGAACAUGAAGCGACACGCGGGAACGCAGAGGUGAAGCCCACCGGAAGCAGCGUGACCGCAGCAUAAGAGCGCGAGUCCACCCACGCGCGCCGUCAGUCUUUAAACUGUGCCUGAACCUGCGGAGGGAAACAGCUGCAGCAGCGCGCGCAGCCUCACAGCUCUCUGGGAGUUCUGGUUCUGGUCCUGGUUCUGGUUCCGUCUGAUGUGGAUCUCUCUCGCUCUCUUCCUGCAGCUCGUUCGUCGUCUUUUAUUUUGACUUUUUCCACUUUUGGAUCAUCUGAUGGCGCGAAAGCUCAGCCUCACUCACCUGAUGCUGCUGGCGCUCACCUGGAGGGGGACGGUGGUUCAGUGCCUCGCGCUGACAGGUCGGUUGUCGUUCGUCUUCACCUGUGGACUGCGCGCGGUGUGCGCGCGCGGCUGGUCACCUGCAGUGGAUCCUCCUGAGGACCUGCUCAUCUCAGACCCGGGACACCUCGGACACCUGGACAUCUCGUGGAGCGUCCCAGCCGCUGUGAGGAACCUCACGCCGGAGUGCGCGAGGUGUGUGUAUCAGCUGGAAUACUUCAACACGAACACAGGCAGCUGGAGUGCCGUCAGGACGGCGAGGAGGUCGUACCGAGCUCAGUUUGACCUGAUGAAGGACGUCAGAGUCCGAGUCUACACCUUACUGGACGGGCCGUGCACCAACAGCACCGUCAUCAAGAGCCAGAACUACACUGAAGUGGUCCGGAGGCCUGCUGGCACGGGUGUUGUGGGUACUGAAGUCCAGGACUUCCUCUGCGUGUACCAGAACAUGAAGCACCUGGAGUGCAGGUGGAGAAGAAGUCCGAAGACGCCGGCCGACUCGCUGCAGAGUUUCUAUUUCUGGCACCGUGAACUGGACCAUGCCGAGGAAUGUCCCAAGUACAUCAUGUUGGGCGGCGUGAGGAGCGGCUGUGACUUCACGGACAAACCUCUCCCUGAUUUCACUGAUAUCAACUUCUGUGUGAACGGAUCGUCUCCUGACGGGCUGCUCAGACCCAGCUUCUUCUCCCUGCAGAUCCAGAACCACGUGAAGCCGGAACCAGCACAGCUGCAUCUGCACGUGGAAGCAGAUCAGCUGCAGCUGCGGUGGGAACGUCCUGCCGGCAGAGUUCCUGGACACUGUCUGGACUGGGAGGUAGAACAGAACCAAGAGGGCCCCGAUGGAAAGAUGAAGUCGGAAAAGGUGAACGUCCAACAGACGAGCUUCGCUCUGACGUCUGUCCACGACAAAGACAGAAGCUGCUUCAGGGUUCGGUCCAAACUGUCCAGGUACUGUGCCGACAGAAGCUUCUGGAGCGAGUGGAGCCAGCCAGCGUGUUACCCAGAAGAAGAAGCUGUCCCUGAACCAGAACCGGACCUGGUACUGGUCUACGUAUAUGUCGCCAUUGCCAUCAUUGCCAUGCUGGUUGUGCUGCUGUGCGUCGGCCUGGUGCUUAAAGUGAGGAGAUCAAGAAAAACGAAGAAGCCGGACUCUCUGCUCACCACGCUGUUUGCCAGAAAUUCAGCUGUCGUGGCAACAGAGGCGUGAACGGACGAGCCGACACGUUUAAAGGUGUUUUAUUGAUGCACUUCACCUCUCUGACUCAAUGAAGCUCUGAAAGAUGCCACACUAUCCUCACCUGAGACUGGACCCACUGUUACCUGAAGAUAUGACACGUUCAGCUGCAGGGUACAGCAGGUUACUUACAAAAAGAAAGUAUUAAUCCAACAUACUGCACGACACUUGCCUUUUUAAGAUGUUACCUGAAACACUUUCACUCUUUAUGAUUCUUGUGGUUGUCGUUGACUUUUGAACUUUGCAGAAUAACUUGUGUUUGAAUGUUUUUCUGUCACACAUCUUGCCAGUUUUAAUUGUUUACUUUUUGCCUCAACUCUUGCCAGUUAGCUCACACAGCAAACCUUUUAUUGUCAUUAUUAUAAUUAUUAUUGUAACAGCGAUGAUAGAUAUGAAAUGGAUUUUAUUGCACACUUCAAACCAGUGAAGUCUUUCAUCGCCUGCAGGAUUUAUAUUGCCGCUUAGCGGGACUGUUAAACGGGUUCAUGUGUUCAGGACAGGUUUUUGAUGCCACAAAGUGUUUAAAUGAUAAUUCACCAUGACUUUUAACUUUUGUUCACGAUGUGUCUACUGUUUUACGAGCUUUACACAUGAUUAAAAACGUCUUUUUGUAAUUAAAUCUGAUCUAGGUACUUGACAGUCUGUUCUUAAUAACUACAGAUGUUAUAAGCAACACAAACAGGAACUGAAAUGCAGAAAAUUAAAGUAUCGCAUGCAGCUUUCAUGUUUCCUCCAUGUCUGCGUUUUCAUUUCAAUACAUUUAAUGUUUUGUAAAAAUCGUCUUCAUUAAAGUAAUUUCAUCUCCUGGUUCAAAUUCUGUUCAAG